AUGGAGGAAUGCGCCCCAUCUGAAUUAUUGAUCGGUGUUAUUGUUCAGCCGCAGUUUAUAAUCUUUAUUACAAGACUUCUGAUCACAUCAAUGAACAGAGAUGGUCAGGACAUCACCCCUGAGUGUACUGUCGCCAAAGUGUCGGUGUUUUUCGUCCUUCUACCCAUUUCGGGUUCACAAGGUAUGAAUUGCAGUACAACCGUACUUCUUCGCGAUUUGGAUGAGGAAAAUAAAUUUCAAGAAAAUCAAGGUUUGCCUUUGACGCCUCUCCGACAAUUUUCGACCAAGGAGAAGGGAGUUGCAAGGCGACGCCAAACCAUGACGAGCAUCUUGCGAAGAAGCAUUUCAGAUUCGGUGGAAAGAAAUCUCUGUCACCGUGUUGGUUUGCAUCAGGCUUGUCGGGAUGGUCUCAUUGAUAUCGUUCAAGGGUUACAACAUAGAUGCGUACCUACUAUUAAUACCUUAGACAAUGAAGGGUUGGCUCCACUCCAUUACGCGGCCCGUUAUGACCGCGCAGAGAUUGUGCAGCUUCUCAUUGAAGGAGGAGCAGAUCUAGACAUAUUCUCUGAGUGUGAAAACGGAUUUACUACACCACUUCAAAUAGCAGCGCGAUUCGACAGUCCCGCUACAGCUCGCUUACUGGUGCUGAAUGGAGCAGAUGUAGCAAAGCAAUCAAGUUAUGGACAACAAGCUCUACACUAUGCUGCAAGAAGAGGAAACCUGAAAGUCGUUCAGGUUCUGCUCAGAGAAGGACAGGCAAACGUAAAUGCAAAGGACAAUGAGGAUUCCACCCCGCUGCAUGCUGCAUCUCAAGAGGGAAAACUAGAUGUUGUCGACAUUUUGCUGCAAUAUGGCGCCGACCCGAGUUUAAGUGAUAAUGACGGAUACACUGCAGUACAUUUGGCAGCCAAAGAUGGACACGAUGAUGUGCUGGAAAAACUACUUUCCACAGCGAAAACCUGUGGUGUAUCAUGUCCAGCUAUUUUGAACAAAAUGGAUAAUGAUACAAACUCAUGUCUGCAUCUGGCUGUCAGACAUGGCCACAUUAAAUCGGCAGAGGUUUGUAUAAAAUACGGCGCUGAUACAUGCGCUGUGCAGGAUGAUUUGUCAUCUCCUCUUCAUGUCGCCUGUGUGAAUGGAUAUCAUGAGAUUGCAAAACUUCUCCUUUUUAACGGAGCCAACAUACAUGAUGAAGAUGCAGAGGGAAUGACGCCCAUUUUGAGGGCAUCACUGGCUGGAAAUGUAGAAAUUCUCGAUCUUCUCCUCUCAGAGGGAGCUGAUAUUUCACCUCAAGGGAACUCUUAUUCCCCUUCACCGUUGAUGUGUGCUGUAAAGAGAGGCCAUUCCAAUGCUGUCAGAUUUCUUUUGCAACGUGGAUCACCAAUUGACCUGAUAGAUGUAAAUCACAGGACUUCCCUUCACGUUGCUGUUUUCAGCUCUGAGGCCGAGACUCUGAAAAUAAUUCUUGAGGUACAUCGUGAUUAGCUUUGAGUGAUUACUAAUCAUGACAUCCUAGCCCAAGGUAGACAGGAUGCUUACAACUCAAAGCUGAAAAGUGACAACUUCACAGGAAAUGUAAACCCAGCUUAAUUUAUUAAACACGGGUGGGGUUAAUCGAGUUCACAGUAUAUCUCGCGUUACAUAUA